AUGAUAAGAUUUCUGCUGCCAUUACUAGCACUCUGUGCCAUGGGUAAAGCCCAGUGUCAGAUUACCCAGGCACAGGUGGAGGCGACCAGUCGUGUCUUCAUGCACCGUCAAGGUAACGUGGUCACGUUGAAACGAACGGCCAGUUCGCCGGUGGGCGAAACCCUCGAUAUGUGGUGCAGCCGGGCAACUACGCGUGCCAUGACCUGCCGGGCGGGUAACCCGCCCAGGUUCAACCCACCCCUUCCCAUGAACUGCACCAUCAACCCAGGAGCAAUUGUGACGCCGGUGCGAGAUGGCAGCUGUCCUCAACCAGCAUCCAUGUACCGCGUGGGCUACAAUCUGGGCAAUCAACAGUUCGCGGAACUCUAUCGGGUGUGCUAUAAUAGGGCCACUGUACGACCCAUUUUUGUGGAGCAUAGGAUUUAUCCCAAGCCCUUUAACGCACGCCGACCCUGCACUGAAUUCACUGCCGAUGGCGUGAUUGGACGAGCUGACGAAGGAAGCUUCUUCACGGGCAGCAUUUACUCCACCUUCCGGCGACUUUUUGGCGCAAACCAGCAGUACAUUGCAAACAAUCGGACAGUCCUUCUCAGUCGUGGCCAUCUGGCCGCAUCGAAUGACUUCCUGUUCCGGGAUCAGAUGUGCGCCACCUUCAAGUUGGUGAAUGUGGCACCUCAGUUUAACACCAUUAACGCCCGCAACUGGAACCGCGUUGAGGACUAUGUUCGAUCUUUGCCGAGAGGGAAUACGUUUGUUUCCGUACGCACUGGUACGCGUGGAGUCCUGAGCCUACCCUCGCCAACUGGCCCGAAGGAUGUGACCCUCAGCGGUAACAAGAACCCGGUGCCACUAUGGUUCUACAAGAUUGUACAUAACGCAAGACGACAGCCAAUUGUGGCUUUCCUCACAUUGAACAAUAGGUUUGCCACACGACCGCCGGCAGUGCCAAACUUCUGUACCCGAGUUGCUUGUCCCAACAACAUGCAGUUUCCGCAAACGGGCAUUGAUGGUUACACUACCUGCUGCAAUCCUGCCACAUUCAGACCAUAG